GGAAGAGGCGGGCCGGGGCUCCCGGGCCCGGGGGCCGCGUCUCCAGGCUGGUUCCCGGCGGGAGGGGCAGUGGGCAUCGCGGCAGGACCCGCCACUUGGGGCGCCGCGGCGGUGGCGUGGCCGGCGGGAGGCUGCGGUUGAGUUAGAGCCCCACGUGCGGCCACGUGACCCGCGAGGGCCCGCCCCCGCCAGCUGUUCAAAUCCCGGGUCCGGAACCCCGGCAUGGCGGCGCCGGUGCGCCUGGGCCGGAAGCGCCCGCUGCCCGCCUGCCCCAACCCGCUCUUCGUGCGCUGGCUGACCGAGUGGCGGGACGAGGCCGCCAGCAGGGGGCGCCGCACGCGCUUCGUGUUCCAGAAGGCUCUGCUCUCGCUCCGGCGGUACCCACUGCCCCUCCGCAGCGGUAAGGAAGCAAAGAUCUUGCAGCACUUUGGAGACGGGCUCUGCCGGAUGCUGGACCAGCGGCUGCAGCAGCACCGGGCAACCGGCGGUGACCGUGCCCCAGAGUCCCCAACGGGAUCGAAGAAGAGUCCUGCUCGGGAAGGGCCAUCGGCUGAAGUCCAGGACUCCUCUGCGCCAGCCCAGGCCAAAGCAGGGGGCCCAGGUGGCUACUGGCCGGCGCGGCACUCAGGGGCACGGGCACUGCUGCUGCUCCUCUACAGGGGGCACCUGAAUUCAAGCAGCCACGGCUUCCUCACCAGGGAGGAGCUGCUGCAGGGGUGCGCCCAGAAGGCCCCCAAGGUGGUCCCGGGCCCUGGCCGCCCCUGGCCUGCCCUCCGUUCCCUCCUCCAUCGGAACCUGGUCCUCAGGACACACCAGCCAGCCAGGUACUCGCUGACCCCGGAGGGCCUGGAGCUGGCCCAGAAGCUGGCCGAGGCCGAGGGCCUGGGCUCACUGAGUGCUGGCAUGCUGGCAGAAGAGCUCCCUGGGGAGAGGCCCCCAGAGCCAGGAUCAGCCUCUGCUGAGCUUGGCACUGAGAGCAGGCGUCUACAGCUGCCUCCACUGGAGCUGGGGCCUGGGGAAUACAGGGUGCUCUUGUGUGUGGAUGUCGGGGAGACCAAGGGCGCAGGGCAUCGCUCAGAGCUGCUCCGGGAGCUGCAGCGGCUGCAUGUGGCGCAUUCAGUGCGCAGGCUGCACGUCGGGGACUUUGUGUGGGUGGCACAGGAGACCAGCCCCCGAGACCCGGAAAGCCCCCAGGAGCUGGUCCUGGACCACAUUGUGGAGCGCAAGCGGCUAGAUGACCUGUGUGGCAGCAUCAUCGACGGCCGCUUCCGAGAGCAGAAGUUCAGGCUGAAGCGCUGCGGCCUGGGCCGCCGGGUGUACCUGGUGGAGGAGCAUGGCUCGGCACACAGCCUCAGCCUCCCCGCGAGCACGCUACUGCAGGCCGUCACCAACACCCAGGUCAUUGAUGGCUUCUUCGUGAAGUGCACAGCAGACAUUAAGGAGUCGGCCGCCUACCUGGCCCUGCUGACUCGGGGCCUUCAGAGGCUCUACCAGGGCCACACCCUCCGUAGUCGCCCCUGGGGACAUUCAAGGGACCCUGAGCCAGGGGCCACGGCAGCAGCAAACCCUCUCUGCUCACUCCUCACCUUCAGUGACUUCAACACAGGAGCCAUGAAGAACAAGGCCCAGUCGGUCCGGGAGGUGUUCGUCCGUCAGCUAAUGCAAGUGCGAGGAGUGAGUGGGGAGAAGGCGGCAGCCAUCGUAGAUCAGUACAGCACCCCCGCCAGCCUCCUGGCCGCCUAUGAGACCUGUGCCUCACCCAAGGAGCAGGAGAGCAUGCUGAGCGGCGUCAAGUGCGGGCCUCUGCAGCGGAACCUGGGGCCCUCACUGAGCAGGACCCUGGCCCAGCUCUACUGCACCCACGGGCCCCUGAGCUGAGCUCUGUCACGAGGCAGCCUCCAGCCCCGCGCAGGCCAACAGCCUUGUCAUCGGCAUCUCGUGAGCCGUAAUAAAAACUAACGUGUCUGCA